CCAUUGCCUCACCUGCCCCAGUGCCAUUCAAUGUAAACUGCAUUCUUAUUCGAACAUUGUUUAAGAAGAAAUAUAGUGUGCCCCUAAGUGCUGGGAGUAAGAGAUUGGGUCAUUAAAACCCUUUUUGGAAUGUGUGCUCCAGAUCCUUCACUUUCUUCCCCACAGCAGAAGGUUUUAUUAAAAAUAAAGCUGCUUUUUUGACACUUCUGGGCAACCGUUUUCUGAAGAACCACAGCAAUGCCUGGCUUUGGAGCCCCACUUCGAAGGAACCAGUUCAUCUUCCUGGUGCUCUUUCUUUUGCACAUUCAGAGUCUGGGUCUGGACAUCGAUAGUCGUCCUACCACUGAAGUCUGUGCCACACACACAAUUGCACCAGGACCCAAAGGAGAUGAUGGUGAAAAAGGAGAUCCAGGAGAGGAGGGAAAGCAUGGCAAAGUGGGGCGCAUGGGGCCAAAAGGAAUUAAAGGAGAUCUAGGUGACAUAGGAGACCAGGGCAACAUUGGCAAGACCGGGCCUAUUGGCAAGAAGGGUGACAAAGGGGAAAAGGGUUUGCCUGGGAUAACCGGAGGAAAGGGCAAAGCAGGUACUGUAUGUGAUUGUGGAAGAUACCGGAAAGUUGUGGGACAACUGGACAUUAGUGUUGCUCGGCUUAAGACAUCUAUGAAGUUCAUCAAGAAUGUCAUAGCAGGGAUUAGGGAAACUGAAGAGAAAUUCUACUACAUCGUGCAGGAGGAGAAGAACUACCGGGAAUCCCUGACCCACUGCCGGAUCCGGGGGGGCAUGUUAGCCAUGCCGAAGGACGAGGCUGCCAACACCCUCAUCGCUGACUACGUGGCCAAGAGCGGCUUCUUCCGGGUGUUCAUCGGGUUGAAUGAUCUGGAGAAGGAGGGGCAGUACGUGUUCACGGACAACACUCCACUGCAGAACUACAGCAACUGGAAGGACGGGGAGCCCAGCGACCCCCUUGGUCACGAGGACUGCGUGGAAAUGCUGAGCUCCGGCAGGUGGAAUGACACCGAGUGCCAUCUUACCAUGUACUUUGUCUGUGAGUUUCUCAAGAAGAAAAAGUAACUUCUCUCACGCUACCCAUGUGUUGUUUCCCUGUGACUACCGUUGCAGUUAUUUUUAUCCAUCUUUUCUUCCUAAUUACACCUCUUACAUGCGUUCUAAAUCCAGUAGUAAAUCUAAACUGAGGUUUGGAAUCUCCAUCGCCAUGGUCUUCUGUGACGAUUAUGAACAUGUCGUACAAGGCGUGUUAUUGAACCAAUAGCUCCCCAGGGUCCCAAAAAGAGAGUUUGAAUUGCUUAUGGUGCAGGAGGUGGUUGUCUGUGGCUCAAAUGGAAUGCUCGCUUGGCAUUUGCUCUGCCACCUCUCCUUCAAGCCCUAAAACUCUCCUUUAAGCUUCUUAAGCUCAUGGAUAAUCGGACAGUUGGUUGGUGAUUAGGCUAACCUGCUAAGCUGCCAUUGUUCAAAGCCAGACAUACAGGAAGGCUGCUGUCAGGAAUGCCAAGAUAUUACCUGUCUUUGAGCCCAAGAUCCCCUUUCCUUUGACCAGCAUCCAUCAUGACCAUAGCCACACUCACAAGGUCCUCCUGUUUGCACAGACACAGAAAUACUUCAACCCCAAGCCUCCAUAGGAGGAACUUCUAGCCCAGGGACCUGUUCAGACCAUAUGGAAUCAUACAGACAGCUUUUGUGCUUCUGAUAGACAGCCUUUACUAAGGUACACCAAGCAGCUGCCUUGGCCCCCUUUGUGUAGGCCCACAACUUAAUCACAGGUCCCCAGAUAGUAACUUUCUGAUAUGAGGAAAAGAGAACUUAAGAACUUGAAAUUUUUAAAAAUGAAAGGGUUUGUUCCCAAACAAUAUUAUUUAUAAUCCUACUGCUAAAUGUCCCCUGCUAUUAAUAUGGCCCCAUUUUCUCUAGUCUCAUGUUUAUCCAUAUGAACUUUCCUCCCCUUAGGUAUGGGGAAUGAAGGAAAGGGUUUGUGAAGUCUUCAGAAAACGCCCGAAGCUUCAAGGUGCUAGCAAUGUAAAGUCUCUAAGUCCCCUCCUCCUUGCAUCUAAUAAAUCACUCAUGGUGACAUUUUGUGGAAGGCCCUUUACUCUCCAUAAAUGUAUAUUGUAAGAGAUGCUCUGUCCAGUACUCUGACAUCACAGGAAUAUGUCAGGCAUGGAGUUUGGAACAUACCUAGGACUCACAUAUACUAAGCUGGUAAAAUUCCACUUUGAACUGCAGAUCAAAACUCAAAGCAGCUUUCAUUUGAAAUUUUAAAACAAGUAGUUCAACAGAACUCAAGAUUAUCCCCCCCCUUCUAAACUGCUGCUCCAGUUAUAGUUUGUGACAUAUGAUUAGACUGCUUAAAAUGCUGGCAAAAUGGUUAAUGAAAUAAGAGAAACAGAUCAACAACAUAUGUUCUCCUUAAACCAUCUGUCCAUGAUUUCACUCAUGACUAACUGGUUAUGAGAGAGGAUUAAAUUAGGCUGUUUCUGUGGGUUUAUCAAGGGUCACAAACUCAGAUCCAACAGAGGCCAUGCAGAUGACAUAAAUAAUUGAACAGGUGGGGAGCCUAGGACUGAACACAGCUUGCCCUUCUAAAGGAACCAACCACCUGCUCCUCAGGCAUUGCUAUUUUUGCAAUGGAAGACCCAGUGUUACUCCAUGUUCUGCUAUUUCAAGAGAAGUCAGAAAACCAGAAGUUUAUAAUAUAGCUUCAUCUCUUGCAAUGUCAGCAGUAGUCAAUUUCUAAUUCGAAUUUUAAGUCAUACAAAACAGUCCACUAGCCAAAUUCAUGACCUUUGCACUUCUCACACCUGGGGGAAGCUCUGAAGGUUCUCGCCAUGUUGAAUGUCCAAAAUCAAGGUCUCCCAUUAAUACGUUAAUCAGUUCAGCUCAAUCACAGGAGUUUAUUCAAUGUUUGCCAUUCAUCAGGUUAAUAAACUAGUUACUUAUUCAAAAUUUUGAGAAUGUGCAUAAUAUGAUAUUUUGAAGGCAGGGCAAUUUAAUAAAAAUUACAAAGCAGGACACCGUAUUAAAGCCAGUAUCCUUUGGUAGGAUGCCAGCCAAGAUCCUAUGAGGAAUAUGAACCUAAAAAGAUUUGGAGGAUAAGAAAGGGAUCAGAAGUGAAGAGAAAGGUAAUAGGCAGCAACAUUGCCUAGGGGCAGCUCAAAUGGGGAAUCUAUAUUCUGAUUUGUUCUAAGCGCCCAAAGUAUGAAUAUUUAUUGUGUGUGCUGUAAGUGCUAUUAUUAUUUCUAUUAUGAUCAUUAUAAUAAUAACAUUUCUCUCAUUGACUCAUCUUUGCUGCCAAUGCUUCCAAGAGAGACAGUUUUAAAGAAUAGGAUUCAUCCUGCAACCUUACCAGGAAGAGAUUUCAAAGGCACCACACACUGAGAUUUACUAUGAAAAAACUUAAAUUUUGUGAAGCACUUGGUGCUUUACAAAAUAAAAGUCUCCACAUGUCAUUUUUCAUUUGAUUCUGAUAAACUCUGUGAAGUAGGAAAAGCAGACAUUUUUACUGCCAUUUUCCCAAUGAGAUUACUGAAACCCAAGUGUGGGUAAAAUUUGAAUAUUUCCAGAACAACUCACCUGGCUUUAGUACAUCUCCAUAUCAAAAGGUGUUUCCAAGAGGUGGAGAGAAGUAGGCCAUCUCCAUAUCAGUAGGUAAUUAAAUGGUUGAGUGGGGCAUAUCUAGACAGAGAGGUUAGGUGGGGCCCCUUCUGCAGCCUGUUCACAAGAGACAUGGGAGAGCAGAAGUGGGCGACUGCUUGUAAGAAAUAAAC